AUGGCCAUCGUGAAAAAGAUUAAGGAACCAACGACUGCCGAAAAGGUUGCUGCCGGUCAAGCUGGCGCAACCCCAGAGGAUCCUAUCGAUGCCCUCAUUAUUGGAGCUGGUCCAUCCGUCGAACGCCAAGCAGUUCCCGGUGGCAUUUGGACUGGCCAUAUCCCAGAAUACUCGACACUGCAAGAUCUGAUUUGCGAAUAUGAAGUCCACGGUGUCAAAUUUCCACGACGAGAGCCUCAAAGACGGGCGACGAGAGACCAGGUCGCGGAGUUUUGUGAUGCCUAUUUCAAAGAAUUCGAACUACACGACCAUGUAAUCUGGGAGCACGAUGUGGCCCACGUCGAGAUGGUCAAGCCUAUGCUACACAAAGUCGACAUUCGCCCUUUCGUAAAGGGAGGCGAGGUUACUACAGGCCAAACAGUCUAUACACGCAGUGUUCUUGUUUGCACUGGUCAUAAUAUGGAACCUUAUAUGCCCAAGUUCCCCGGUCAAGAAACGGCAAAGUUCCCUAUCAAGCAUAAUAAUAACAUUCGCGACGCAAGCGAAAUGCCGGAUUCAGAUAUUCUCGUCGUUGGUGCUGGUCCCUCGGCUAUGGACAUUAUUCAGGAAGCUUGCGUUACGCAAGGUGCGAAGAAUGUGCAUCUAGUCGCACGUUCUCCUCACUGGGGAGCUCCUGAUCUGUGGUGGCCUUGGCUAUGGCAGUUUGGAUGGACGGAACUGCAUCUUAUGCGCGUACUCUACCGCCGAUUGCCUGUCUUCGUCGUUGAUGCCAUAUUUUGGCUUAUUCAUCUCGCCUGGGCAGUCUUCCAUGGCGUUCCAGAAUGGAGGCCUCCUACCCACGAAGGACCAUCUGCAAAGGUUGGCCUCAUCCUGCGGUCACACCUCGUGAAACCCUAUCACAACGGACAAUUCCGCAUCCAUGACAAGUGCGGAAUCAAAGAAAUCGACGGAGACAAGGUUAUCCUCACCAACGGCACGGCCUUGUACCCAAGAAUGCUGGUAGCUGCAACGGGCUGGUCAACCGAGUCAGCAUAUCUCCCCGAGGGAUCCCCAGCCGGUGAAUACGACUCUCUAGCUGCCGCAGACGCACCACGACCCCUAUACCUCCGAUUCUACGACCAAGACUAUCCCGGAAUUUUCUACAUCUCUGUGUCGGCUGGCUUUAUCACCUACACGGAGAGCGCCUCUUUCCUUAGCCAGGCUAUCGGUCAGAUUCUACGUGGGACCUGGACGCCUCCAUCUGAGGAGGAGAUUAAGAAGAACUUGAAAGAGGUUGUUUUGCAUCAUAUUUGCCUUCCCGGUCUCAUCGAGGAGGAUCUUGCUGCUGCAGGCUUCAAGGAUCUGCGUGGUAAGAAUGUGCGCUGA